AUCCUCAUCAUGCAAAUUCAUCUAUUUUCUUUCUCAUAGAAAACAAAUAUUAACAAACAAACAAACAAACAAAUGGCAUCUGGUGGAGGACGGAAGAGCGGUGGCGGCGGCAGUGGCGGCAUUGUGUUUGAAGAUUUCUUCCCUGGCAUGAUGGAGAAACUUGGGGCGGAGGGAUUCAUGGACGAGCUCUGUAAAGGGUUCCGUCUUUUAAUGGAUUCCGACAAGGGUUCUAUCACAUUCGACAGCCUGAAGAGGAAUGCAGAGUUGUUGGGUCUACACGGCUUGUCGGACGAGGAACUCACCUCAAUGAUGAGGGAGGGAGAUAUGGACGGAGACGGAUGCUUGAACCAGAUGGAGUUCUGUGUUCUCAUGCUAAGGCUCAGUCCCGAGCUCAUGACCGAAUCCAAGAGGUGGCUCGAACAGGUCACCAGGAGGGUCCAUGGCUGCUGAUCGAUGCAAACUACUCUGUUCUUCUAUCCAAUGCUCUGUUUUUUCAAAAAUAUGUUUGAUUCCUAUUCCUAUUCCUAUUCUUCUUGGUACUCUGUAUUUUAGCGAAAGUGGUAGUAGUAAUAGUAACUAGUAAGUAUAUAUAUUUUGAUGAAUGAUGAUGAUGCUGUACUUCAAUUGUUUUAUGUUUUCAUCUCUAAAAUAUUUCUAAU